AGGUGCGUGUCUCCGCCGGAGUAGCUAUUAGUUUUGAUCGGCCGUCUGCAACUUCCGUCGAGCACUUCCCUCUCCAAGCACAAUGAAGCCCUUUGCCUGCAUCCUGGUGAUCCUUGCCUCCAUCCUGGCCGUCGGCCACGCCUCCCUGGGCGGUCUGCUCGGAGGUGGCGGCGGCGGUGGCGGUGGCGGUGCCGGCGGAAUCGGCCAGCUCCUCCAGAGCAAGCUGGGAGGUCUGGGAGGCCUUGGCGGCGGCUUGGGCGGAGGACUCGGCGGCCUUAGCGGCAAGCUCGGAGGAGGCGGCGGCGGCGGCGGUGGCGGCUACUCCGGCGGACAGGCUGGCGGAUGGUCCAACGGCGGCGGAUACUCCGGCGGUGGUGGAUACUCUGGUGGUGGUGGAUACUCCGGUGGCGGUGGAUACUCCGCCCCAGCUCCCGCUCCUGCCAGGCCCGUGGAGAAGGUGGUCAUCGUCAAGGUCAUCAACGAGGGCUACUCCGGUGGCUACUCUGGCGCCCAGUCCGGUGGAUACUCUGGCGGAUACUCUGGCGCCCAGUCCGGUGGCUACUCCGGUGGCUACUCUGGCGCCCAGUCCGGCGGCUGGAACAAGGGCUGGUAAGAAGCCCCCCCCUAUCCACCACCCACCACCCUACACUUAAAGAAAUAGUUCAAACUGCCAGCCAGAAGCUUGGGCUUUCCAGCGGAGAGAAGAAGAAAAAAAAAACCAGAAAUCCCGAAUUUGAAGCUUUGAAGCCACUAGC